AUGUUGAUUCCUCUUCUAUCUAGCUGCAUAGCAACCGCAGUAACAACCACUAACUCUGCCUGGACGUUCCUAACCUACACGACUAAUACCCGCCAGCCGACUCCUUUACCGCUGGCUCCGAGGACCUGGUCCAACUGUUCAACUUAUACGGAGUACAUUGCGCCGGUGCGGAAUACCUUGAUAAUCAACUCGUGCUAUAUCGUGGCAAGCAUUUAUGACACGGACGUGACAGACUUUGUCUCAUGGAAUCUAUCUCUCUCCUAUAACGAGAAUGAUCCCAACACCUGCCAACUGAAACUAGGAUAUUAG